AUGGAAUAUCUCUCUGUUAACGGGCAGGGCAGGCUUCUCCGACGCAGAACUCGAGCCGCACCGACGAAGGCGAAAAUCAAUGAACCAGAUAACCCGAGCAGUAUCAUCAUGAAGCACCACCAGCAUAUCCACCACGGAGGCCGGAGGCCCCGUAGUCCACACAGGAUCGAACGUCAACGCGACAUUCAGCCCGAGAAAGCGCGGGCCGUCCGACGAAUCGCAUCGCUCGAUGAGAUAUUUAUCCCCAGCAUAAUGCAAGUGCCAAUCAUGACAGCAGAAAUCCAGCCGGAGAAGAUGCACAAGAUCCGUUUCUGGCAAAAUCGUGAUAUGGCGCGCUUCGCCACGCGCAUCGUAAUACGACGCGGUGUGCGAGACUCCCGACUGGCCCGCGAAGGCAUUCUCGCCCGCUGA